CUAAGGAACCAUUCCACCCAACGUACGACCGGCAAAACAUUUAACAUUUCCAAUCCUUUCCAAUCAGUUACUAAUGAACCCGUCUGCGCGCCUUGCCCUGCCCGCCCUCGAAUGAUCCUGCCAUCUGACCUUCUUGGCCACUGAGAACAUCCGGAUCUUCAGCGACUCGGGCCAUUCAUUGUCCAUUCUGCAAUUUAUAUCAGACGAAAUCUCUCCGUCGUGGAUCUCACAGUCUCUGUGUGUAUAUAGAGCAGGAUAGACAUCUCACUCGAUUAAUACCCCGCAUUACCCCUCCUCCCCUCUUAUAUUUCUAUAUUUCUGUCUCUACAUCUCCCUCUUCUUUCCCUCGACCAUCAUCUAUCUCCAUUCUUCCAUUCUUCGAACACUUCGAGAGAGCGCGCAGCACAAUCCCGCCAAGAUGGACCCAACAAAAGUCAAGAUCCCUCCUAUGAAGGACCUGAACAUCGACAAUAUCACCGAGAACACCAUCACCAUAAACUCCCAAGGAGAUGAUCCCCGCCUCACAUACCUCAUGGAACGACUAGUUACGCAUCUCCACAACUUCGCGCGGGAAACCAGAUUAAGCACCAAGGAAUGGAUGACUGCUCUCAACUUCCUGGUCAAGGUAGGCCAGAUCACUACCGACGUGAGACAUGAAUACAUCCUCCUCUCCGACAUCCUCGGACUCAGUCUCCUAGUCGACGCCAUCGACCACCCCAAAUUGCCCGGAACCACCGAAGGAUCAGUGCUCGGGCCCUUCCACACGCACGAAGCCGAAGAGAUCAGCUCCGGCUCGGGCAUGUCCUCGGACCCUCAAGGCGAGCCCUGCAUCGUAGUCUGCACGGUCAAAGACCCCGCCGGGAACCCGAUCGAAGGCGUGAAAGUCGACAUCUGGGAGACGGAUUCCACGGGCCAUUACGAUGUGCAGCAUGCGGACCGGACGGGGCCCGAUGGCCGAUGUAUCAUGAAGUCGGACAAGAAUGGCGAGUUCUGGUUCAAGGCCAUCGUCCCUGUGCCGUAUCCCAUUCCGCAUGAUGGACCUGUGGGUCAGCUGUUGAAGUUGUUGAAGAGACAUCCUUGGAGACCCGCGCAUAUGCAUUUUAUGUUCGAGAAGGAGGGCUGGGAUCAUUUGAUUACGGCGCUCUACCUCCGCGGCGACCCCUACGAAACCUCCGACGCAGUCUUCGGCGUCAAAAACUCCCUAAUCGUCGAGUUCGUGCCCGCGCCCGCCGACAUCGCCGCCAAAUACGGCGUCCCCGAAGGCACCAAAUACCUAAAACAUGAUUUCGUGCUCGUGAGCGAUAAAGAGACGGAGAAGCUGCGUGAUGAUAAUGCGUUGAAGGCCAUGCAGCAGUUGGGCAGGAAGGUGAAAUUAUUGAAUCACUUGCCCGUGCCGGAUGUUGAUUAG